AUGUCCGCGUUGUCAAGUUUGUUCAGAUUAUUUACAGCGAAACAGAGUUUUAGAAAACCGCAAGUCGCGCUCAGCUGCCUCUGCAGCCCCCGGAGAGCCCACACUGACAAACAAGAUGUGAAUUCAAAGCAUGCUGUGGUCAGCUCUAAGGUGCAGGGCACCGAGAAUGAGGACCGCGUGAGAGUGCGUCGCGCGCGGCCAGCCGACGUGCCUCGAGUGCUGCGCUUCGUGCGCGAGCAUGCCAAGGCUGCGUGGCCGGGAGUCGUCGCACCCCCAUCUGCCUCACACCUCGUGCUAUGCGAUUACGUUGCUAGGGCAUUGGCACAAGGUCACUCCAUGCUAGCUGAGCAGCAGGAGUCCCGGCGCGGCUGGUCGCAGAUCCGUGGCCUGGCGCUAGGCAUGUCGGUGUGCCCGUGGGACGCCAGCCUGCUGGAGCGGUGGGCGCGCUGCGUGCGAUGCUCGCGCUCGCGCCGACUCAUGCACUUCACGGCGCACUGCCUGCGCGCGCCCGCCCUGCACGACAAGUACCACGUCCAUAACAUAUUGCAGGUCAUCCUCAUAGUUCCUCGCGACUCUCCGAAAAACACGGAGAUAGUUCACGUCUUGGUUAAAAACGCUAUACAGAGGGGUCGCGAUGUCGGCUUUCCAGUCUUGCGGUUUGAUGUAACUGACGACGCUGUAGCAAAUGCUAUCGACGAACUGAAACUGCAGAAAGAAUGGCAGCUGACUUAUGAUGUUAUAUCCGACGCACUGAAAGACAAAAGAACUCGUAUUACUGAAACAAUGCCCACACCCAAAGGACACAUUACUCCGAAAGCUAGUAACUUCAUCUCCGUGUACACCGCUCAUACAGACAAGAAUAUAGAAAAUGAUUUAAGCUCUGAAACCAAGAAUAAGUAG